AUGGCCGGCGUGGGCGAGGAGGCGAAGGCGCAGCAGCUGGAAGUGUUGGUAGCGUCCCCUGCGCGCCGCUGGCCGCUGAAGCUUGACUCUGGUGUCUCACGGCGGACGGCAAAGGGGCAAAGAAGACAGCUGAGAGACGCUGCCGUGCGCGAGGCAGUUGUCCUGCUGUUGGUUCUUUUUUUUAUUCUCCGUCGAGCCAGGGAACAGGAAAAGAAGAAGAGAAGAAGAGAAAGAGAAAAAGACAGAGAAGAAGAGAAGGAGAAGAAGGAGAAGAAGAAAAAGGAGAGACUCGUAUAUCGAGAGAUGAAUGGACGGGACGGCCGGGAUAGCAAGGACCAGCGGCAGCAGAUCCGGUUCUCUCGUUGCUUAAGGACAGGGAAAAAGGGACGAGGAAGAAGGAGAUCGAAGCAGAAGAAGGAAAAGAAGCAAAAGAAGCAAAAGAAGCAUGGAGACCGCAGACUGAUAGCCGCUGGUGUUGCUUCUUUGGCUUCAUCGUCCUUUAUCCUUUAUGCUCCGUAG